AUACCCAAGUAGGACUGGAGCUCGAGUCCGAAGCAAGAAGCAUCUGGAAUAGAACUAAAUCUCCACUAAUGUCUGUUUCAUAAACUAAACAAAGCGAAGUAUAGGCUGUCAGUUUCUACGUGUGUUCAUUAGCCUAUGGCUGCAACUUUAAAGGAUUAAUUCUUGAUUUCCCAAUUUAAGAACAUUUGAUCUUGUGGAUAGAAGAACGAACAAGGAAGGUUGGUUGUCUACUGAGUACAAAGUUCAUCUUCCGCCCCAUGGAAUAAGCUACCCGUAACUGAACAACAGUAGCCAGUUUUUUAUUUUCUUUUACUAUUUAAUGUGAGAUAUGGCGUUCAGGGCAAGAGUUUUGUACGACUUCAGUUCGGAAAACUCGGGGGAGAUAUCGAUUACUGAAAACGAAGUUGUGACUUUGUGCAGCGAAGAAGACAUAGAGGGAUGGCUGGAAGGGAUGAACAGUAAGGGAGAAACGGGACUGCUUCCAGCUUCCUAUGUAGAAAUACUCAAAGAUGGGUCUGACCUCCCGUUAAACGGUACGUCGGAGGAUGGUCAGACGGAUUCAUUCUCUAGUGGGUAUGAUUCAUCGUACCAAUCACAGUCAGUGAACAUCACAAAAGUUCCGACCCCCACCCACUCCGCCUACUCGGCGCAGCCUCCGUCGCAGCACAGCUACCAGACCAGCCAAGGGAGCGACGAUGACUGGGAUGACGACUGGGAUGACAGCUCUACAGCCACAGCUGACAAUCCCGCUGUGCUGGAUGGCAAUGCGUCCUCACCAUACCGGGUGACAACCUCCUUGCCCCGGCGUGACAGCGCACUUCAACAGGCCAAGACCUCAGCUACAGUAGGCAAAAACCUUAACAGAUUCUCCACCUUUGUCAAAUCUGGGGGUGAAGCUUUUGUGUUGGGGGAGGCCUCUGCCGUUGUGAAGGAUGGGGACAGGAUCUGUGUGGUAAUGGGUCAGUAUGGACCUGAGUGGCAGGGGGACCCAUACCCCUUCACCUGCACCAUUGACGACCCCACCAAGCAGACUAAGUUUAAAGGCAUGAAGAGCUACAUGUCAUAUGGUCUGACCCCUUCCCACACUCAGACCCUGGUCAGCCGCAGGUACAAGCACUUUGACUGGCUCUAUGCCCGGCUGGUGGAGCGCUUCCCUGUCAUCUCAGUCCCACACCUUCCAGAGAAACAGGCCACAGGACGCUUUGAGGAAGACUUCAUCUCCAAGCGCCGGAAAGGCCUGAUCUGGUGGAUGAACCACAUGACCUCACACCCCGUCCUGGCCCGCUGCGAUGUCUUCCAGCACUUCCUGACCUGCAGCAGCACGGAUGAGAAGACCUGGAAGCAGGGCAAGAGGAGGGCAGAAAAGGACCAGCUGGUUGGGGCCAAUUUCUUCUUGACCAUCAGCACCCCGGCUGUCCCUCUGGACUGGCAAGAGACAGAGAGCAAAAUCGAUGGCUUUAAGACCUUCACCAAGAAGAUGGAGGAGAACAUUGUGGUGGUCAAUGCCAACAUCAAUGAGUUUGCCAGGAAGCAGAUAACUGGCUUCAGGAAGGAGUACCAGAAAGUGGGACAGUCCUUCCGUCUACUGGGCCAAGCCUUUGAGAUGGACCAGCAACCGUACUCUGCUGGGCUGAACCGGGCCAUAGCCUAUACUGGAGAGACCUAUGAGGCUAUAGGAGACUACUUUGCUGAACAGCCCAGGCAGGAUCUAGACCCCAUAUCUGAUCUGCUGGACCUGUACCGAGGCCACCUAACCAACUAUCCAGACAUUAUCCAUGUCCAAAAAGGUGCCUUGACCAAAGUGAAGGAGUGUCAGAAACAGGAAGGGGAGGGAAGCAUCAAUGAACGCUGCAACAUCAUUUCCUGCGCCACACUGGCUGAGAUCCAGUACUUCCACCGUACACGCAUCAGGGACUUCCGGUCCCAGCUGCAGCACCACCUUCGCCAGCAAAUCAGCUUCUUCCAGAAGAUCACUGCCAAGCUGGAGGAUGCUCUGGAGAAGUACGACCACGACCAAUAGGGAGGCCAUACAGAGGGACCAUGUCAAAUAAGGAAGCUUUAACAAAAAAUAGUGACCAAUAAGAGGCUAUAAGGAAGGAAGUGAACAGGAAAUGGGGUGGCAUUGAAUGUGACAAGAGUUUAUAUCAAACCUUCAACCAUCAAGCUCAAAGUUCCCUCUAUCUGAACUGGAACAGACUUGACAACCAGACAGUCACAGUACGCUAACCCUCACCUCACUGAACAGGCCUUCAUAAAGCUGGGUGUGUUUUAUGGUUGUUGGGGAGGGAGGGGGGGGGUAGUAAUCUAUCAAAUACUGUAAAAGUUGUGUUCUUCACCUGAAUGUAUUGUUUAGUAUUCCAUAAUGGGGAUGUUAUCCACAGCAGAUGUUGUGACAAGAUAUAAUCUAACACUUGUAUCAUGUUUCUUUGUAUAGUGUAGAGGACCGAGGACAUACUUAUUGGAGUUGUGAGAGAAAUCAAGGAUUUUCUAUGUGCCUUUGUUAUUCACAGUCAGUACAUUAGCUAUUGCCUUAUUAUUUGCUAAUUUCCUGAAUAUUGUGAAUAACAUAAGCACAUCAGAUACUUUUGAUGUCUCCCACAGAGUAGUGUGGAACAGAGUACUACAGAACAUCUUUUCUCAGUCACACAGGAAAGCAGAAAACUUGUGGCUCAAAUUCAUAACAAAGAUAAUAUUACUAGUCUUCUGUAUGUAUGAUGUGACCAUGUAUGAGUCUGUGUUUGUGAUUGUUUGAAUGAUGACUUGGUGAAUUAACGCUACUGUGUUCCAUCUGAAUGAACGUGUAUGUAAAAGUAUGUAGAGGGGGAUUAAUUAAGGUAUUGGAACAAGUGAAUAAAAUGUAGGCGGUA